AUGGUUAUUCAGGUGCGGUGUGAGGUGCAGAGGACUCUGCAGUUUCCUUGUGCCUUUGCAUUCAAGGCCAACCUGCACAUCACCUUCGAUGUUCUCGACCAGAUGGUCCUCAUGUCUGGGUCAGAAUUCAACAAGCUGGUGCGGGAGAUCGAGACUCGAUCAAAGAAGGAGCCAUUGGUGGUGUCCAGCAUCGACACUGGCAACGUUGUGGUGUUUUUGCGUGCCUUCUAUGCUGCCUGCAGACUGUUCCAUGAUGAGAAACUGCCACAGCUGGUCCGUGGCACCUGCUUGUACCUUGUACGCAGCACCUUUGUUACACCAGGCCGGCUCAUCUGUCGCCCUGCGCAGGUCCACUUCGAGAAGGAGUUCGCCAUCCGUAUGUCGUUCAGGAAUGACAACCUGGACAAACUGUCGUUCACACUGAAUCUGCACUCGUCUCUGGAUGCUCUGCUGGACGCCGUUGUCGGAAGCUUCCUUCGUCAGGGAGUACGUAUUGGCACCAUACAGCUGGUGACAGUGUACGACGUGAUGAAGCUGACAGACUGUCCGUCGGCCAUGCAAGUUCGGUAUGCCGCAUCCAAGGGCAUGCUUUGCAUCAACCCUGCCCUGCCCAGCAAGAAGCUGCUGUGCCUACGGCCCAGCAUGCAGACUUUCUCCUGCACCAUCUCGGAGUACCUCGACGUGGUCAAAGUCUCCACAUCUCGCUCUGUGACAUUGAACCGACCCCUGAUUACGAUCCUGGAGCAGCUGGGAGUGCGGACAGACACAUUUAUCCGUGUGCAAGAAAACAUACAAUUCACAGACGUCCUCGUCGAGGAGUCCAGUGUCGUUAACGUGCUGGCAGCGUGGUCGAAGCUGCCGCUACCGUACGGGGACCUGUCCAAGGCUGGCUUUCAGCUCUCACUGGACCCCUUCUUUCGGCCGCUGCUUCUAGCCGCGUACCGAAAUGCAUUCGCGGGCCUUCGGUACAAGACUCGCAUAGUGCUGCCCGUGGAUCCUGCCUGCAACAUGCUUGGAGUGGUUGACACUACAAACAAGCUCCGGUAUGGCGAGGUGUUUGUACAGUGCACCGAGAUAUGCAGACCACAUGUGCAGUACCAUGAACCACCUAAGCGGACUGUCAUCACGGGCACUGUCCUUGUCACCAAGUGCCCCUGCCUGCACCUGGGCGACGUGCGAAAGUUCACCGCCAUUGACGUGCCAGAGCUGCACCACGUCAUUGACUGCAUCGUGUUUCCAUCACACGGACCCAGGCCACACCCUGACGAAAUGGCUGGCUCAGACUUGGACGGGGACGAGUAUAUCGUCAUUUGGGAGAAGUGUCUGUUUUUCGUGGGACCAAACAGACCUCCCAUGAACUUUUUGGACAGGAACCCUGAGCCGGACAACAAAGAAAUCGCGACUGAUGACAUGAUCAAGUUUUUCUGCAAUUACAUCAAGAACGACUCCAUCGGGAUCCUGUCGAACGCCCACCUGGCAUGGGCUGACCAGGAGCCGGGGGGAAUUCACUCGCCAAGGUGUCUUGCCAUCGCAGAGAAGAUCACAAUCUGCGUCGACUUUGCCAAGAAUGGUCAGACAGCCUUCUUGCGGCGUGACGAACGCCUCCUGCUUUACCCAGACUUCAUGGAGAAAGGCAGCCACAAAACUACAUACCGGUCGGACUGGGUGCUCGGGGUCCUGUACCGAAUGUGCCGUUCCCUGGAAGCUGCCGUCGGCAGGCUCAGCCAUCGGCAUGUCGAUUCAGGCCGGUGCCGUGCACUCGCCGUGCCAGGGUGGGAGAACUACAGAGAGUCGGCGGUUCAAGCCCUUACAGAUCACAAUUCAAACAUACGCCGAAUUCUGAGCCAGUAUGGAAUUGGGUCGGAGGGUGACGUGACGAAGUUUUUAACUGAGACAACACGCAACAUCUUCUAUACUGAUGUUCUAACAGAAAUGCAUGACAACUGCAUCAGCGAUUCUGAGGAGCUGCGCAAACGGAAGCUUCGCAGAGCCUCUGCCUGGUACAUGGUGACGUACGAGCCCAAUGUGGAGAACACAUUCUUCAGUUUUCUUUGGUGCAUUGCCGAUGUCCUGGUAGAAAUUUUGCGCAGCUCAGAUGUGCAGGCCAGGGUGUGGUGCCCGAACAUCCUGCACUGGAAAGUAGACCAGCUCGUCACGAACAAUAGUGACUUUAUAGAAGAUGACGAUCUGGAUGCAGGUUGCGAUUCAUUCAGGACUGCCUUCAGAAUCGUUGAGAAGUGGCUUAAAGAUGAAACACUUCUCGAUCAGCAUGAACCAGGCGCUUCAACCAAGCCUGGGCUGUGUUCCAACUGCCUGCUGGACAUCUACACAAAGUUCUGGGAAACAAAAAUCUUUCGCCAGUGGGCAGGAUUGUAAUGAGGAGGCGGCAUGCAAUGAUGCUGUUGGUGGCAGGGGUACUGAACUUGACUGAAUCGACGGCUCAAGAGGCAAUGGAAGAAGAAUGUGCGGAUCGAGAGGAACCUACCGAAAAGGCUGUUUCUCAAGCCUGGCAAAUAGUGGACGGUUUCUUGGAGCCUCUUUUGUUAGACGAUUCUGAAGAUGAGACAAAUGAGCCCAGGACGUCAUACCAGAAUGGACACGAUGAUCAGCAAGACCCAGAGGUCUCUCGUUCUGGUGUUUCCUUUGCAACAGGCUUCGGACACGAGGAACUCUGAGCCGGACAUUUAUGAGGACCCCAGCGUCGGAACACUGGUCGUCUCCUUCCUCCGGUGGUGUCUUGAGCAGCACCAGCUGCCCCGAGAAAUGUGCCGUGUUGGUGCGUGCGUGGGCAGCGGCUAAGAGUGCCAGACCCACAGGUUGCCGAUGGUGGCGUUGCGGGCCUACAGUUCGUUGGCAGUUUCGCUGGACCCAUGCGACAUCUCUCUGCCCGUGACCCUACGUAUCACGAGCCGCACCAAGAGGUUGUUGAGAGAGACCCCGUCCGGAUCCAGAUAGCCAAUCCGGUGAUGGAUUAGAUGCUGAAGGACAAGCUCCAUGCGCCGUCACAGCAAGUCACGGAACGAAGAUCACCUCACGCUGGCGGAGCCCAUGCCCCGCAUAGCCCUGGGCAAUGCGACCGUCGCUGGACGACCCGCUGUCGCCUUAAUGGAACCCAGCUUGGAGGUCGCCCGUAACACGCGUGCCCGUGGAAGCGGCGGAUGCAAAUAGUGGGACCUGCGUGCAAGCCACAAUCCUGCAACGCAUGCUGUUGAGUGGCUGUCGUUAAUAGGUGGCCACACAGUGCGAUGCAGUCAUGUUUUACGGCCCACUUGUCAAGGAUGGCUAUGGCUGCUGUUGUAACCCACAGGCAUACACCAUCACAUUUGGCCUGUCAUCCUUCAAUAGCUGUGCCACCACAUCCACUGCAACGUUCAGGAAUGCCUUUGAGGAGAGCUUGACUCAGAUGCACGAUUGCCUCAGGCUUGCACAGCCAUCAAAGUUAUAGGAAAGAUAGUUAUGCAUCAGUGUGCUAUUGUGUAGCUCUAAAGAAAUUUUCGGUGCUUUCUGAGGGGUUAAUUCUGUCAACAAGUGCAUUCUAAAGAAGUAUUGAUGCAGUGCAUGUUUUUUCAUUGCUUUAAUCAAAUUGUGAAAAGAGAUGUUGCUAGUUCGUGCGUGUCUAAAGAGACAUUAAGCAAAUUUUACACCGUUACGUUGAUCUGAAAAUUCUGUCAUGUACCUGGGUUUUAGUUAAUAGUGGCCAGAGAAGGAUUGGGUGGUAUAUACCAUGAAGUCAACGCCUUGGUAAAAAAAUAGUGCUUUACAUUGCAGUUACAGUUCGAAAAAUGGGUAAACUAUUUUGUACCUAUACUCUUUACUAUUUCAUGAAUAAAAGCUCAAAUAACAUUGA